UGUUCAGAUGGGUCUUCUUGAAUGCAGCCUUUAUUACAACCUCACUGCUGCUUUCUACACUGAAGGAAUACCAUGUUUUUAAGUCAGGAAUUCUUCUUUCUUGCUUUAUUGUAAUCAGGGGGUCCUGCAACGACCCUGAUGCUGUUACAAAGCACAGUGCUUUAUAACAGUAAAGCUUCUGGAAAACCCAAACAAAAGACACGUCAUCCGGUGACGUCAGCCUAUAUACAGUUCUAUGUGGUCGCAGCACAUAAGCAAAUCCAUUCUUGUGCCGUUUCUCGGAAAAGCUUUUCAGUAAAUGCACUCAUGCUGCUCCAGGAGCUCUUCUCUGCAACAAGCCACCCAUCUGCCAUCAACAAGUUAAGACCAAGAGAACUAACGGCUGCGGAAAGGAGACUGAAGCUUUGAUUAAUCAGCUGAGCAGUUAGAGGUGGAGAAAUUUAAUAACUUAUAUUCAAAACUGAUUUAGAGAUCAGAGCAAUCACAGAAAAUGAAACCAAUGCUUUCCAGAGGAAUAUCCUAAGGAAAAAACAACUCAUCCUGGUGGAUUCAAUUUUACUUGGAAAGCCUGGGACACAGAAAACAGGAAACUGGUCAAAGGCUCCUACAUGUUAGAGCCUUUUACAGACUCACUGCGUUGAGUCUAACAACCGCGACUGAAUGCAGCCUCCAAUGUGCUCAGAAGAAUGGGCUUACAUUUCAAGUGGCCAUUAGGGGCCCCUAUGCUGGCAGCAAUAUAUGCAAUGAGUAUGGUUUUAAAAAUGCUGCCUGCCCUGGGUAUGGCGUGUCCACCCAAAUGCCGCUGCGAGAAGCUGCUCUUCUACUGCGACUCUCAGGGCUUCCACUCAGUGCCAAACGCCACAGACAAGGGCUCUCUGGGCCUGUCCCUGAGGCACAAUCACAUCACAGAGCUCGAAAGAGAUCAAUUUGCCAGCUUCAGUCAACUUACUUGGCUCCACUUAGAUCACAAUCAAAUUUCAACAGUAAAAGAAGAUGCUUUUCAAGGACUAUAUAAACUUAAGGAAUUAAUCUUAAGUUCCAACAAAAUAUUUUACUUGCCAAACACAACUUUUACCCAACUGAUUAACCUGCAAAAUUUGGACCUGUCUUUUAAUCAGCUGUCAUCUCUGCACCCAGAGCUCUUCUAUGGCCUUCGGAAGCUGCAGACCUUGCAUUUACGUUCCAACUCCCUGCGGACUAUCCCAGUACGCCUGUUCUGGGACUGUCGUAGUCUGGAGUUUCUGGAUUUGAGCACAAACCGUUUGCGAAGUUUGGCUCGCAAUGGAUUUGCAGGAUUAAUUAAACUGAGAGAGCUUCACCUAGAGCACAACCAGCUGACGAAGAUUAAUUUUGCUCAUUUCCUACGGCUAAGCAGUCUGCACACGCUCUUCUUACAAUGGAACAAAAUCAGCAACUUGACAUGUGGGAUGGAGUGGACCUGGGGCACUUUAGAAAAGCUAGACCUGACUGGAAAUGAAAUCAAAGCCAUUGACUUGACAGUGUUUGAAACGAUGCCUAAUCUUAAAAUACUCCUCAUGGAUAACAACAAGUUAAACAGCCUUGAUUCCAAGAUCUUAAACUCCCUGAGAUCCCUCACAACCGUUGGCCUCUCUGGCAAUCUGUGGGAAUGCAGCGCCCGAAUAUGUGCUCUGGCCUCCUGGCUGGGCAGUUUCCAAGGUCGGUGGGAGCACUCCAUCCUAUGCCACAGUCCUGACCACACCCAAGGAGAGGAUAUUCUAGAUGCAGUCCACGGAUUUCAGCUCUGCUGGAAUUUGUCAACCACUGUCACUGUCAUGGCUACAACUUAUAGAGAUCCAACCACUGAAUAUACAAAAAGAAUAAGCUCAUCAAGUUACCAUGUGGGAGACAAAGAAAUCCCAACUACUGCAGGCAUAGCAGUUACUACCGAGGAACACUUUCCUGAACCAGACAAUGCCAUCUUCACUCAGCGGGUAAUUACGGGAACAAUGGCUUUAUUGUUUUCUUUCUUUUUUAUUAUUUUUAUAGUGUUCAUCUCCAGGAAGUGCUGCCCUCCCACUUUAAGAAGAAUUAGGCAGUGCUCAAUGGUUCAGAACCACAGGCAGCUCCGAUCCCAAACACGACUCCAUAUGUCAAACAUGUCAGACCAAGGACCGUAUAAUGAAUAUGAACCCACCCAUGAAGGACCCUUCAUCAUCAUUAAUGGUUAUGGACAGUGCAAGUGUCAGCAGCUGCCAUACAAAGAAUGUGAAGUAUAAUAUCUACCCGUCAUCAAAAAUCACAUCAGAUAAGUAACCUAUUUUACAUAGUAGAGGCUAAAUACAUAUCUAAUUUUUACCAAUGGUGACAUUAAGCCUAAUUUUCCAAACUAAGUGGAGACUUAGUUUUUGAAGUGUUGAAGUAUUUUUAAUUUUUUAAAUGAAACCAUAUUUUAAGUGUUAAAUGAAUCAAUGCUCACAUUAAUUUGCACUCCUGUUGGAAAGUCUAAAAUGCUUACUUCAAAAUAAGAAAUGUAUGUAAUUAUAUACAAUCGUGUGUAAACCUUUACACUAAGGUCUCCAUAUGCUAUUUUUUUUCUACUGAAAACAAUUUAGAAAGAAGCUAUUGGGCAGAAACAGAUAUAGAUCAAUACCUGUUUGAUCACUGCUCUCCAUCCCAUGUACCACAACUAUCUUGCUGCUUAAAAGGAGACUUAGUAAAGUUCUCUUGUAUGAUAAUUUGGUAUUUACUCAAAUCUUCAAUUUCUUGCCAGUGUGGGAAGUAGAAUUUCAUGUAUGCUGAAGACUGGUAAAUAUUAAACAUUCUUCUUCCAGAGUUUCUGCCUGGGUUAGUAGGUAUUAUCAAAGUCCAUAUCAUGAAAUCAGAACCCUUUAAUGUAAUUCUAAUAAGCUGAGUGACUCUUUAAUAUAUUUACACAAUGAAUCCAAGUGACUGUGAAAAGGUCUCAUUACAAUGAAAUCAAUCCUAAAUAAUUACACCGACUUCUUACACAUUUCUCGUUUGACUUAUAAUGGACAUGAUUUUUGUGGCAUUUAGACAAUUGUUUUAAACUAGUAUUAAAUUGUCAUUGUACUAAUUAAUGUACUAAAUCCUAUGUUUACAUUAAUAUGUGAAAAAAGAUUUAGAAAAUAUUUUGGAGAUAAACAAGACAAAAUGAGUCAAUUUAACAAUCCUGACAUGCUCCCUCCAAUUUAAAAGCGCACACACACACACACACACACACACUCGUGCUCUCUCUCUCUCUCUCAACUAUCAUGAUCAAAGAUGCCUUGACAAAGGGGUUUAAACCUCUUUCUUCUGCUUUUUCCUGAUCUUCAAACCUCAAAGAGCCAAGUUAAAAAUAAUUGGCUAGCAACAGGCAUAACACUGAUUCUUAUUGUAUUACAAAGGAACCAUGAAAAAAAACACUUUCUAUUAUAUAAUAAAUUUUGAUCUUUCAAUAAAGAUACGCAUUCAUGCUGUAAGUGUAGUUCAGUGUAGGUGAAGAAAACAGCAUCACUGAGAUGAAUCUUAUGGUAGAACAACUCGACAUGCCUAUGCAGCCACACAGUGGUAACUUGAAGGCAGCACGGAGGUGAGGGAUUAAAAGGAAAGGCAGAUUUUGAAAUCCGACUCUCAGGUUAGCUGGAGUUUACAAGGCAGCCAAGAAUGAUUAUACACAAUCUGCACCAAAUAGGGAAAGGACCUGCUGCUGAAAAGGGAAGAGGGGUAGAUUCUCCAAUGUAAACAUAAACAUUCCAUAAUUAACAAGUGAUAAGGAUGCCACAUUUUUCAUGCAGAAAAGAACCACAGGUAUUCAGUUUCUUGUAUUAUGAUUUCUAAAGAAAAUCUAUUACAUAUUUGGAAUUUAGAUGCAAGCUACUCAUUCACACAGAAUUUUUCCAUAAACAUCGUUCCAUAUAUUGAAAAAACUGUAAAAUUAUAGCACUAACUUGAUUUUAGAAAAUGAGCAUUUUUUACAACUGCCCUUUACUGUAUGUAGAAAAAAAGACAUAAAACCUUAGAGAAAGCCACUACCAUUUUUAAAGUUAUCUUUUCCCCAACAUCAACAUGAACAUGAUAUCCUUCAUUCAGGGCAUAUUUUCUUCCCAGGAUCAAACUGAAAACAUGUUAAGGCUAUAGUUUAACCAGUAAGAUUUAAUCACAAUUUUUCUUCUUUAAUACUAAGAGAUGGGUACCUUAGUACCCGUCACCUAACAUCUCUCGGUAAAAAGCAGACAAGAUCACAAAUUACAGUAAAAAUGUGCUCUCUUUUUUAAGGUGGGCAGAUUAGUUUGUCAAAGUCUCAGACCAGUUCAAUUCAGUUAUCUCGAGCGGUGAGUAUUUCGUCUCUUGUUAAACCAGACCCUGGGCUUGUCUGGGCAGAGAAAGAAGCUGAUUUAACAGCAUAGAGCACAGUGCCCUACUUCCCCACAGACAGGCUGAAUUAGAAGCCCCUAUUACAAAUAAGAACACCAUGGGCUAAAAUUUACCAACCCAUUUAUCAGGACGACCACUGCCAUUUGUCAGGUGACAGACAGCUUGGUCACAACACAACUGUGUCCUGAGCACACAAGAUUCCAUCAGCCCUGAAGGACAGCAGAGGAGUAUUUUCCAUCAUUUCAAACCACAACCAAAAUUAAGAUUCAAACUGUGGGAUGGAUAAGAAAUCCCCUUCUUUGGCUGGGAAUCUCCACCUUAAUCCUUAAAGGACCAUAACUGGAAAAUCCUUAGUGUACGGACAAAAGCAAAUUGGAAUAGCAAGCCAUUUACUAAUUCAGAGGAACAGCAUAGCCAAGGCUAGCAAGGCAUACUUUCUAGUUGAAAAAAAUCAAAAUAUUUUGCCUUCCAUUUUUCUGGGUAAUGUCCUUUAAGAAAAGUGAAUGACAGUAGUACCAAAAAGGUAUUUUCCUUUCUCAUUUAAAAGCAAAAACCUCUCUUUUUAAUUGCCUGUAGAAGGCAAGAUUUCCUUUCAUUUUUGUCCAUUUGUGUUUCAGAAUCAGCACAGGUUUGAAGAUCAGACUGUUAGUCAUCUGUGCUUUCUUUACCAACUGGCUAGAACGGAACAGCAUCACAGCAACGCUGCGGAUCUUGGUUACACAGAGUCAGAGCUUUUGUUUUUUGGUGGGGUUUUAUCCUCUUUACCACCACCACCCACUCCAUUUUUUUUCUAUUUUUAAGAUUAGAGGAAAAUGACCAUUAAGAACCAGAAAAAUAAUUAAUCUCUCUGGAAAAAAGAAAGCUAAAUAAGACUAUGAUACCAUACCCACCUAGAAACCAAGAACUAGUUUGAAAUUGUUUAUAUUCAUUUCUGUAGCAUGACAGGCAUUUCAAUUACCUUUCUGAAAAGAGUGGGCUGAUAAACUUGGAAAUCCACACACAAGUCUGAGAAUACCCACUGCCAGAAUCAAAAAGCAAAGAUACUAAUUUUUUAAGCCAAAAAUCUGUACUAACACAUGUAAUUUCUUAAUGUGCCUAAGUUAAUUUCUGUACCAAUUCAAUAAAUGGAAUUGACUGAACUUCCCAACGCCACUAAUUAUUAAAAUCCAUCUGCUUAUUCUAAUGCUAGUCACCAAGAGCUAGACUCCAUCUUUCCAAUAAAAAUGAGCCCUAUGUAGCACUAGGUUUGAAUUCUAAAAUUCAAAACAGGCAUUUCAUUUUCUUAAGGCACACUUCCUACACACAGCUAUCAGGGGAAAAAGCUAUAAAUGUCCCGUUCUUUUUCUGAAGUGUGGAUAUCAAUAUAAAAUUUGUUAAAGAAUAUUUUUAACAGCUGACUUACAUGAUCGUUUUCCUAAUACAGCAAUACAGCGACAGACCUAUCUGAAAAAUCUGUUUGGGUACAUACUUUUCAUAUCUUAUUGAUUAAAGCCCUUGAGCCAGGAAAACAAAAAAAAAAAAGAGAGAGACAGGCCAUCUAUAGAUAAUUAAAUAUUUCUCUAUCUAACCUGGGGCAAACUCAUAGUACUUGAAUAAGGCCAAAAACAAAUAGAAAAUGACUGUUUAAGCUUUCAUUCUGCUAUUGCAAACAUUUGGAAACUUCUGCAACUCUUUCAACUAACAUUUCUGUCCUUAGUGUUUUUUUUUUUUUUUUUUUUUUUAAGUCUGAUAUAUGGAAUGUUUGGUGAACCUUCCUAUCAACACUGAGACUGGAAACUCAAAGUACAGUCCAAAUACAUUGUGUUCAAUCACCUUCAAGAGCCAUUUUUCUUUUUGGGUGGGAGGUGGGCAGCUGGGUUGAGGGUGGGAAGAAAAUACUAUUAUGCAGGGUGUUUUGGGAGGGGGGAGGGUAACAUAAAGCAGUGUACAGGAAAGUUUUGUUAUUAAAAUUGUGUAUACUGUAAAAAGUGAAUGCCUUUUUACUUUUCCUUGAUAACCUAUCAAUUUUGACAUGUGAAACUUGAAAAGCCACUUGUGACAGACAUAGAAAUCUUAAAUGAACAGUUGUUUUGUUCCGUGUUCCUCUACAAUGUCAAAUGUGUCCACUGAAAAAAGGGGCAGCUAAUCAUCACCUGUCUUCAUUCAGAGAGAGGCAAAACUAGGAUAAGAAGAAAGUAAAGGUAAAGUGGUGGGAAGGGAGAGUGCCUAAAAAGCUGUCAUGCAGUAAGAAGCUGCUCUGUCAAGAGCCUGAGCAAGUGGAAAAACAACUGUCCCAGGCUCACAGGGCGUGGAGUUGGCUGCCCCUCUCUGAAUCCUCCAUUACAGUGAACUGACACCACAGAGAGCUUCGGAAAGGUACUAAUUGCCUGUACCUAGCCAACAGCGACUUGGCCUCUACCUUGGGAGCUGGUUGAUGUCCAUCCCAGCAGCACCUUGCAUGCCACUCCUAGGAGGGAGGUCCACAGGUGCUUACACACUAGGACCAUGAGGAUCCCUACAUGACCUCCUCCACCCCGGAUGCCCACUCGGUGAGUACGGACGGGAAAAGGAAGGGAAGAUUUUAAACUACAGUUGACCCUUGAACAACACUGGGGUUAGGGGUGCCAACCCCCUGCUCUACACAGUCGAAAAUCUGCAUAUAACUUUUGACUUCCCAAAAAUUUUCACUAAUAGCUACUGCUGACUAGAAGCAUUACUGAUAACAUAAACGGUCAGUCCAUAUUAGGUAACACAUAUUUAAUACCAUCAGUCAAAAUAAUACAUAUUUUAUAUGUUAUAUGUAUGAUAUAUGGUAUUCUUACAAAAAUAAGCUAGAGAAAAGAAAAUGUUAUUAAGAAAAUCAUGGUGGGGCAUGGUGGCUCAUGCCAGUAAUCCCAGUACUUUGGGAGGCUGAGGUGGGUGGAUCACCUGAGGUCAAGAGUUUGAGAACAGUCUGGCCAACAAGGCGAAACUCCGUCUCUACUAAAAAUAUAAAAAUUAGCCAGGCAACCUGGUAUGAGCCUGUAAUCCCAGCUACUUGGGAGGCUGAGGCAGGAGGAUUGCUUGAACCUGGAGGUGGAGGUUGCAGUGAGCUGAGAUCAUGCCACUGCACUCUAGUCUGGGUGACAGAGUGAGACUCCAUCUUUAAAAAAGAAAAAAAAAAAAAAAAGAAAAUCAUAAGAAAAUACAUUUAUCAUUAAGUGGAACUGGAUCACCAUAACGGCCUUCAUCCUUGUUGUUGUCUUCAUGUUGAGUAGGCCGAGAAGGAAGAGAAAGAAAGGAGUCGGUCUUACUGUCUCAGGGGUAUCACAGGUGGGAGGAAAUCCACAUAUAAGUAGACCUUAACGAUUCAUACCCAUGUUGCUCAAGGGUCAACUAUAAUGUCCUUGGCUUGCUACCGAUAAACAUCCUCAGGACAGGAUUCUAUACCUGGGCAGUGCUGGGGCAUAAACUGCCCUAGCUUCCAGGAGCUGACCGCCAGGAGUCUGCCACGUUUGCCCAGAUGCACUUAUUGUUUCUCCAGCACCACAGCAGCAUAGUAGGACCACAUGGAGGAAUAGGCAAAGCCACCCUUUUCCCAAUGCCAGGGAAGCUGGGAUCAGAGAGACUAAGAGAACUCUCACACCAGGAAUUUCAGCAGUAACCAGGGCAGAAGCAGGAAACAGAGAACACAAUUCUACUGUCAAACUCAUCCUAUAAGCACUAGAGGGCAUAGGUGAUGGUGGUUUUAAAUUGCACAAAGGAACACAUUCCUACACUUGAUAGAGUUAAAAGCAGAGCUUAUUAACAUAAUUCUCCUACAUUUUAAUUUUGAAAAUCCCAUUUAAAGCUACAUCUGAUUUCUUUAUCAGUUAUUUUAAUUAAUUUUGUCUAUAUGCCACAGCAUUCUCAGGUUCCCACUCAAAUAUACAAGAUUCUUCCUGGUCUGUUUAAAAAUUUGGGGUAGUCAUGUCUCCCUUAGAGAGACAAAAUGUACAACAAAUUGUCUUUUACAAAGAGGGAGGGGAAAAAGAGCUGAAAGUCAUAGCUACUGCAAAAACAUUUCUCCUUAGCAUGAAUUUGACCUUUAUCCUCAAUACUUGUUUUGGGAAUACUCUUAAGGGACACAUCUUAAACCUCCCCUUCUACUAUCUGAAGAGGACAGUAAAGAGCAAGAAAUCUCCAAAGUCAAGUACAAUCAAGCAUCCUAUCCUGCAAAGCCUACAAAUGAAAAUACUACCCUCUAUAUAUGGAGGCUGAAGAGCAAAGGCUUGCCCAAUGCCUCCAAGUCAGAACUCCCAAUAGACAUCCAGCAUGAAGAAGCAUCUGUGAACAGCAACCCUGAUCGGCAGAGGCCAAUGGCUCAUGCCUCACUUAGGAAACAAAUAUGAAAACUGCAGCCCUAGAGACAAUUGCCAAAGCCUUUUUAUAGCUUUCAUCAAGAUUUUACCAAAAACCACACAGAAGAGGUGUAAAAACAUCAUAAACAUUAAGUUUACUGAAUAUCUAUUGACAAUUGUGUUUAGAGCAUAAGACUUCCAUCUUUAGGCCCUAGUAUUUGUACCAAAAUAAAUAAAUAGUAUUUGUACCAAAAUAAAUAAAUAAAUAAAUGAGUUACAACAGAA